AUGAAAAAGACGCUUUCAUGUCGGAGGCGGCUAAUUCUUGGAAUGAGCAUUGAAGAUGCACAAAGUAAGUUUGAUUCUCCCGAAUCCCGCGUAGCCCUGCGACUUGCUCAUGAGCGACAUAAUCAAGGGGUUUACCACGAGCUCAACCUCGCACAACGACUGCGUAAUAGGCUCCCAAGUGAGCGUAAGUACCAUUUAGUUCGUCACACGAAACCUAGCGUCAAAGGCUUCCAGGCUUAUAUUAAAUCCAGCCCAGACGACUACGUUGUGAAGGAGCUUUGGUAUGGAAAGAAGGCAACUUUACCGAAACUAGCGGGGGAUGUGGGCGCUGCCGCCGCCAUUACCAGCGGACAGAGUGUUGUGGACAGUAGCCCAAAUGUUAUUCCUUCUAUCAUUCAAGAGAAGGGGGUUGGCGGUCCUGUGCCUUGCGAUCCACUUUAUAAUGGUUAUUCAAACCCUAGUGGGGUUGGUGCUGUGGUGGAUAACCAAACUGGGCCUGUGUGUGGUGUUAAUUCAAGUGACGAAUGCGCGAGGGAUGAUACCAGCGCGGCCUCUGUGGAAGGCAGCAGCAUGAGUAGUCAGGCGUCGGUGGAAGCUUAUAUAGGACCUCAGCUUGGCGAGGAGAUGGACGCGUAUUCACGACACCGUACCAUAUUUAUGGCAGAAUUGAAACGGGUUGCAAAAACACUAAGUAACGAAGCAAAGCGGCAGCUCCUUAUACGACGUAGCAAAGGAGCCGCACCAUCUGCCAGGCAAAUGUCUGUUGUCGACCGACUAGUUGAGGAGGUACGGGAGGCAGAGGAAAAAGGUUACACAAGCCUCUCAUCCUCCUCGCAUUUGUUGGAGCCGCUGGGGCUCUCCCUUAACGUCUGCACAAAAAGGGACAAACGAGUGCUGGAGGCAUUCCGUAGUCCACUGCUUUGCGUUCCUGCGGAGGAGAACUACAUCUCCAUCUCACUAUGGGUUGCAGGCGCUCUCAUAGAGAAUAACGAACUAGCGACAGAGUUUCCAUACUACAUCGCGAAACAUGCGAGCCCUGAUUUGGAUGAGUGUGACGUCAUCACGUCGCCUAACAGUGUCCCGAGGGCGAGCAUAGACGUGUAUUUUUCUCUGGAACUGUACAAGCUGCAGCAAAGCAUAGGGGUUGAUGGUGUUUUGGCGCUUCGACGAUUUAUUGGUAGGGCAAUGAUACGUCAGCACGAUCCGUUGCCGACGACGCCGUCUAUUGCGUUUAACAUGCGAUUAAAGCAGCGCGAAUGUGGUGGGUUGUGCUCAGGGGAAUCUACACAAAUUCCUUGGUUGCAUGUAAUUAAGGCAAAGGUUGCCUCGAUAUCAGGCACGGUAUUGGAAGUUUCCUCCGACGACUCACCAUCUACUACUGUUAUGCGAGAGGCAAUAGGACAUGUUUGGAGGACAUGGGGGAACCUCGUAAAGGAUCUGCAUGUACACGGUGAUCUUGACUACCUCUAUGUUUCCGUGCGACCGGAGGUAGAUGUGCAAGUAGGAAUGCCACUGCUGGGGGAUUCGACCGGGGGAGUGCUUAACUGUAGUAAAGGGAAAGUAUUGUCAACGUCGACGUCGCUGGGGAAUUCCUCUCAACAGCUACUUCAGGGUCAGGAUGGUCAGGAUUGGAAGGGUCAAAAUGGUGGGUCGAACGGUGCUAAUUUGGGUAGGGCAAUUUCUGGAAAAGGAGGGAAAAACGGUUCCCUUUGGAAUGGUUUUAACUCUCGUAAAACACGAGCAACAAACGUCAUUCUGCCAACAGAUUUUGUUGUUGUUGAGUGUUUGCUUGAGAAAAGGGGGCUGCCUCAUCGUCUAGUUGUUGAAGACAUUACCGAAAGUCUUACGGAAAUGCAAAGACAAGCAAUGGAAGUGCAGCGCCUGGCUGUUAUUGAUGAGGCACAUCAACAAAGCCAGCAGUAUGUUACUGAGAAUGAGGAGGAUGAGUCAUGUGACGAAGGGAUUGCCCAAUUUCCCGUCGAUGUGCGUCCAGUUCUGUACGCGCCAACGAUAACGGUGUCUCACGCGGGUGUGAUCGACUCAGCAUCACACAGUUUCCAGCGGAUUCGUAUCCGUGGGAGUUGCCUCGCACACAUUGAGGCGCUUGCGAAGGCUUUGGGCAGCGGAGAACACUUCGUGGAACGUGAAGGAAUACACUUGUACGCAACCAAAACUAGUAGCCAGGGUACUUCUUUACCUCAGCUUCCACCAAACCUUCAUUUUUCCAGGACUCACGCGGAUGUCAAUGAACACGCAGCAACUAAGAGGCUGAUUGGUCAUCACGCUUCAUCUAGUCAUGCUGUAAUGGAGCAACGUGCAGCGAGUGGAUACUUUCAUCCUUACCAAACGCUGAAACCAAUGCAAUAUAUGAUCGCUGAUCACGACGAAAGGGAGUUUUGGCGGGAGCACUUUUAUAAACUAUCAGAUAUUACACUUGUAUUUCAUGAUCGUGUAUGUGCUGCAGACAUCAACAAUUCGCGUCAGUGGUCUUCUACGCUGAAGUCUCAGUUGCUAUCAAUCGGCCGGCAGCGUAGUGGACAGAUGGGACUGGAAGAUGAGUCGGACGACACCGCGGUGAAUGGACCGAAAGAUGAAGAAGGUGAUUCUGCUGGACGUGCGCGAAAGAAGAAACCGAAGAAAGGAAGAGGUAAGCGAGCAGCGCAGGGAGAUCUGGAAGACGUAGUCUCCACCAUGAGCCCUGAGAAGAUAUUUGAAUACCUAUGCUUUGACAUGGAGGUUACUAGUGCAUCGUAUGAUCUCCGUAUGGGAGAUAAUGACGGUUAUGAUUAUCGUGUAAAGCUGCGUCGAAUUCCGCAGAGCCACUUUCCACUUGUAAAACCAGCCAUGGUCUCUCUUCAGAAGCAUGGUUUCAUCAAUUACUUUGGACCGCAGCGAUUUUCUUCAUACACCAGAUAUAACAUGCAUCCCGGCUUGCACCUGCUGAAAGGCGAGUUUCACGCCGCAGCCAGUAUCAUCGUACAGCAAUUCUACAUGGACUCUGACCUUGCAGCUGAGAAGAGACGAAACGGUCACACCAUCGAGAAGAUGUACAGCUCGAAGGGAGCAGGGUUCCGGUUGCCGGAUAUAGAUCGCUCGUUUGGUGGCAGACGGUCCGUUACUGAAAAUGGAUCCGCUCUGCAAUCUGUUCUCAGCAAUGCACUCCAGGCAUCGUCACUUCUUGGGCUAAAUGAAAAUUCGGCUGAAAUGGAAAGUUAUAGCUCCUCACCAAAAGACCAGCAGAUCAUGAACGUAACUAAUGGUGCUUCGGUGUUAGACCCCUGUGGGGAAGCGUUUCUACGCGUUGUUGGACCCAAAGCAUGUUCCAUGCUCGUGCAUGAGUUCCUUGCCUUCCUCUGGAAUGACAUCGUCAAUCAGAGGUUGCAGCGGUACGGCACAUUCGCCAUUCUCCCCGGCGAUCUCGUGCGCUUAAAUCCAUUAGCAUCGCCCCACUCGAAUGAAUUCGGCCGCGUUGUAUAUGCUUCAAAGAACAGCAUUGAGAAGGGUAAAUACACGUGCUAUGACGUAGUCCUACCGGUCCCUGGUGCCGGUGUUGAGCUUCCUGAUAAUCACACAGCUGACCUAUACGUUGUUACACUGAAGCGCAUGGGCAUUCUGUUUAACCCUGAGUCCAAACAGUGGGAUAUUUUCCGAUCGCGAAGCAACUUUGGUAACGAUGGUGCUUUACAUGACGGUGAAGCGGCCUUUGCAUCGUCACCAUACAACCGUUUUUCAACUUCUUUUGCCCUCAUGGAGGAGGAAUUGGGCGGCGAAACAAGCGUGAUGAAUUUUGCACACGAAAGCCAGGUAGGCGAGGAGGGGGAUGCCGGCGGUAUGGUAACAGAAGGAGUUUUGUCGGACGGUCGAGGGCUCCGGCGCGACUUACGACAUGAGGGAAACAUGGGUAAUCUUCUGGGAGUAAAUAUAUGGUGCUCCUACAGGCAUAUGCUCGUCAACCCGUCCUCGCAACUACGCUGGAGAUUUCAGUCAGGUCGCACCGGUGAUCCAUACCAGCGAUGGGCAUUCGGAGUUCGUAACACCUUCAUGGGAAGGGAGACCAAUGUUUCGUCCCUCUCUGGGGCUUUGUUGGAUAAGGGCACUCUCGGUCGCAGUGCUGAGCAACCUCAGCAGCAACUGUUACUUUUAGGAAAUGGCGCACCAGGGAGGUCAGGGAAGGACUCCAGGGGAGGAAAAAGACGAGCGCGUACAUUACCGGCUGCACCGUACUGGUUGCCGGAAAAGAAUAAUGGUUGUCUCGAGUUGUCCUUCCAACUCCCCUCUAGCGUCUACCCCAGCAUGUUGUUGCGGGAGGUAACAAAAAGUGACGUUAAUAGCCCUGACGUGGUAGAUCUCGACCGCCCGCUGAUUGACACGCGCGCGGAGUCGUGGAACGGACUUACGGCGGACCAGCAGCAAACAUACAGACGAUACCUGGCUAAGAAGCGGCAAAAGCUGUUUACAGAGGCACCACGAGCUAUCAAUAUAGCACUUCUGCAUCAGCACAUCUUCCGUAGUGGCGGCAUGAGGCGAGGCCUAAUACCCUCCAUGCGUGGCUAUGAUAAUGUCUCGAAAUGA